UAUAAAAUAAAAUUUGGAAAAAAACAAAAUACCAAUUUUAGAGAUAUGCAGAGAGAUCCGUCUCACGCUUCGAUUCCAAAUAACCCACCUCCCCUUUCUCCGAUCUGAUCCUACCAUCCACCUUCGUUAUUUUCUUUUAAUUUUCUUAUUCAUUUUACUUUUUGGAAUUCUUUUUGGUUUUAAUAAUUUCAAAAAUUUCAAAUUCAUCUUAACGUUACCAAUUCUUUUUUUCUCUUUUGCCUUUUUAUUGAAUCUGGAGUCUAUCCAUCUGCUUCGAAUAUCUAUUCUUGGGGUAGGAGGAUUUUGUUCGUGGAAUCUUUGUGUGUGAACUAGGGAAUUCAAUAAUAUCAGUGUUCGUUGUUUGUCGGUUGGCAUUUCUUUCGUGACUUAAUGGGUGAGAAUUUAGAGUUAGAAUUUGAUUGACGAAAUUUUGACGGGGUUUUUGCCGAUAUGGCGUCGGCUCAGGUCUUGCCUAGUUCGCGGAAACAAGAGCAUUUAGAAGCCGGGAAGCAUCGGCUUGAGGAAUUUCGUAAGAAAAAGGCAGCUGACAGAGCCAAGAAGGCAGCAUCUACCACCCAGCCUCAUGCUUCAGAUGUUAUCUUAAAUGAUAAACAUCUAUUAGAAACUGAAGAUGGUCGAGUCACCGAUUUUGAUGGAGCUGGUACAUCUAAUGGACCCAAUCCUUCUUAUGUAAAGAUAAUUAAUGACAACAAUAAAAUAAAUGAUGUUUCAGAUGAAAGUCAGCAAACUUACUCAAAGAACAUGCUUGCUACACCAUCUGUUUUAGUGAAUGAUAAUUAUUCAUAUUCUACCGAAGUGCAGAAGCAUUCAAAAAGUCAAGAAAAUGAGAAAUAUGGUGCUUCCUGGAAUGGUGGUCUGUUUAAUGAUAGAUUACAAACACAACACUUGAGUAAUGACUUUCAAGAUACCAAGUCAAAAGAAGAUGAUGGUUCUAUGAAGGCUUCUGCAGUUGUAAAUCUGUUUUCUUCUGAAGAUUUUGUUACUAAAAUAUCUCCACAGAAUUCACUGCAAAGUAAGGCCAGUGACAGCAGCUUGCUAGGAUCUGCCCUUGAAGUUGGGCAGAGCUUACAAGGCAGUGCAGAAUUUAGGGAACCUAUGAGUUCUGAACCUGUAGAAAGAACAUUUAGCAGUUACUCUAGUGGUUUUCCAAGUGUGCCUGGUCCAUCCGCUUGGACAUUUGGAUCUUCAGAGUUCAGUUUUGAUGCCAAAAGCUCCACAAGUUACAUGCCACUGCAGUCAGCCACAAAUGAUACUAGUUCUAGGAAAUCUAGUCCAUCUUUCCUUGAUUCUCUUAAUUUAUCCAAAGCUCCUUCUGGGUCUCUUUUUCAACAUAAUGAACCUACAAAAUAUGCAUUUCCCUCCCAUAGCUCGCAGUUUAAUAGCAUGAAUGCUAUUCGAUCAUCACCUUUAGAUAAACCAUCAAUGGAGAGUGAAACUAUGGGAACUUUCUCCGAACAAAAGUCCCCUGUUUUUCCUAGUGCCAGUGAGUUUCCUGGUCAUUUUGCAGUUCCUGCUAAAAGUAAUGGUGACCUUCUAAGGCUGAAUGAGAAUAUCUCAGAGAAGAAGCAUGAGUACUACUCAGCCAAACAGAACGAGGAUUUUGCUGCUUUGGAGCAGCAUAUUGAAGAUUUGACCCAGGAAAAGUUCUCUCUGCAACGAGCUCUUGAGCCUUCACGUAUGUUAGCAGAAUCUUUAGCUGCUGAAAAUUCAUCCUUGACUGAUAGCUAUAAUCAACAGAGAAGUGUUGUCAAUCAGCUAAAAUAUGACAUGGAGAAGUUACAGGAAGAAAUCAAGGCCCAACUGGCGGAGCUCGAGUCUUUGAAAAUGGAAUAUACAAAUGCACGACUGGAAUGUAAUGCAGCCGAUGAACGUGCCAAAAUAUUGGCUUCUGAAGUCAUUAGUUUAGAAGAGAAGGCACUUAGUUUAAGGUCAAAUGAGCUGAAGUUAGAGAGGCAAUUGGAGAACUCAGAUGCUGAAAUUUCUUUUUUCAAAAAGAAAAUGUCAAGCAUAGAGAAAGAGCGUCAGGAUUUUGAAUCAACUAUUGAAGCUCUUCUAGAAGAGAAGAGGGUGCUUCAGUCUAAGCUACGAAAAGCCUCCGUCUCUGGGAAGCCUUUCAAUGUUACUAAGAAUCCUGCUAGUAAGGACAUGUCGACUUCAACAGAGGAUCUAAUAAGCAUAGAUGCUGCUACUGAUGAUAGGGAGAAUAUCAGUAACGAUGCCUCUAGUUUGAGCUUGCUGCCUGAAGAUGGACAAUUUGAAGCUGCUUCUGUUUAUAUUCCUCCUGAUCAAAUGAGAAUGAUUCAGAACAUUAAUUGUCUAAUUUCUGAGUUAACAUUAGAGAAAGAAGAACUAGCACAAGCUUUCUCAUCUGAGUUAUCUCAAAGUUUGAGGCUGAAGGAGUUGAACAACGAGUUGUCUAGGAAACUUGAAGCUCAAACUCAAAGAUUAGAGCUUUUGUCAGCUCAAAGCAUGGCAGGCGAGCACAUCCCAGUUAGACAAUAUGAGUCUAAAAUGAUGCAUGAUAACACCCCAUAUGCCGAUGAGGGUGAUGAGGUGGUGGAAAGGGUCUUAGGAUGGAUUAUGAAGCUCUUUCCAGGUGGGCCAUCAAGAUGGAGAACCAACAUGCGGCUUUCCUACUGAAACUAGAUACCUUGGCAAGAGAGUUCAUAUUUUCGUAUAGUUUUCUAUUUCGGGUUUGCCAUACCUCCUUUUGGUGAUGUGAGGAAGGUCGUGAUUUGUAUAUUUUCGAGUCAGCUAUACAAACACAUUCUUUUUGAUAGAAGGUAAUGAGUUUUAUGAUGAUGGUGUUGCCAUAGAUUUGCUAAAUCUAACGUGUGUUGUUUUGAGAUAAGGCAAUAAAGAAAACCCGCCCUCGUUGCAGUGAAUGUUGUAAUGAGUUAUAAUUGACAAAUGGUAUUAGGGAGAGAAGCCCAUAAGUUUGUACUGUCAAUUUAUUGUGUUUGUAAUGAACAAAUUUCAGUGCUUAAAAGCAUUAGAAAUUUAUGCUUCUUUAAA